UUACUGUUGAUGGUCCCUGAAAGUCGGGUCGACAACCACAGGUGAGACCGCCAUUCGUGGCCACCGUCGAGGCAUGAGUUCCUGGACUCUUCAAAAGAAGGGCGGCACAGGGGAGCAUAGGGGGCAGGCCAGUAGGCAUAUGUAGCCGGCGGACACGUUAAAGUGAUGCGGCUCUGCUCCGGGGGCCAAAGGUGAUAACCAGCGACCUAGAUAGAACUCGGGCGGCCCGGGACCACACCCUUCGUCAGCCACCAAGGCCUUGCUCUCCCAGACAGGCGGGGACGCUAGACAACCUGAGCAUGUGAGCAGUUUAGUGGCACCUAGAGCAGACUGUGGACGUGGUGUAUAUGUGGACUUGUGCAUUGGGACUUUUGGUCAGAUCGGCUGUCAUGACAGUGCCCUCGGUGAUUUAGCAUCCAGACGGGCGAUGCCCUCGCCGCCAGGAUCAGAUCGGCUGACAUGGCUGCCUCUUCGAGAGGUCAUCCAGGCAAGUAAACCCCUCGCCGCCAGGAGUAAGGCCGGUCGGCAUCAGGUCAGCUUUCCCAGAGCGGCGGCCGAUACCAAGCAAAGGCUGGGUAACCGGGUGGCCGUCCCGGAUUGUGCAGAUCUAACUGGUCAGGCGGGAGUGAAACCGCCCCCAACCCCAGCAUCGCGUUCCGAUUGUCCCACACAUCGAGACAGGGGCCCGGCCAGGGCAAGGGAGAGGGGUGUUCCUGACAGCGCGAGGCGUGGGGAGGGAGGACGUCAGCAAAAGCACGCAGCACGCAGCACGCAACGCAACGCAGUCAGGGCAAAUCAGGGCCAAAAAGACCUGGCCCAGGCCCCGGGCGGGCUGCCUGCUCUGCUGCACCGAGGAACCCAACCUGCGUGGUGGGUGGGGGUUCCCACGCACGCAUGUACGUCCCCUUCUCUCGGUCCGCCCAGCGUCAUCGAUUUCCCGUCGACCAGACCCGGGACCGCCUGGGCUGCACUCUGGACUGGCGGUGAUACGACGAGGACCGGGCAUCUACCUGCGCCACCAGGGAGAAGCCCAUCACGUCUUGCACCAACACGCAUUCGGAGUCGCGUCCGGGCCCCGGCUCCAUGGCGCGCCCUCCUAGAUCCCACGCUAUUCCCCUUUCUCAAGGGCGCCGCGACGGUCUUUAUUGCCCAGGAUUUUCAUAACCGAGGGACAGGAAGCGCCAACUGUCUAGUGUCCUCCAAGGGGAAGGGCGAGGGUGCUGGUUCCAUAUCGCCCCUUGCGCGUGCGCCCUGUGCCGAUGAUCCCCCUCUCAGCCGUGUCCCCAUCUUGACGCUGGAAGGAUUCCUGCUCGUUUUCGUCACUUUCUUGGUCGACCCACCGGUUUGUUGUUUCUUCUCGAGCUGCCCGCCGUGCAUGCGCGAUGUUUCUUACCGGGGCCCCGAAAUAGGCAAGCCCUCCGCUUUUUUUUUUCUCGGCCUCUUUUCUCUCUCGCUUCUGGCCACCCCGCUUGCCGCGUGGUGCAAGGAUGUCACGCCAGCACGGUACGGUCCUCAACGUCGGGCCUUGCUUCCCGAGGCCUGCCAUCCCCACCUGCCUCGUGCGCUGCUGCUCGUCGGCCGUAUACAGGUUUCGCAGGCAGGCAGGCAGCAAGCAGUCGGGUUGGCAGUUAGGCUAGCAGGGCAUGGCAGGCAAGAGCGCGGCAGUGUCGCAGCAGUCCCAGACCGUCCGAGGCGGGAGGCGACAGGUCGGCCGGCUUCGAUUUCCCUCUUUCUGUCGGCCGAUAGCGUCAGCCGCCGCCAGGUUCGCCUUCUCCGCACUCCAUCUCGGUCGCUGAUGGGGCCCGCCGGCUGGGCCGAGAUGGAGUCCAUCAGCACGGGUCUCCAGGCUGCGCCUCUGGCCGGGCAGGGUGCGCAGCCGGUCAGAGAUUGAGUUUAAUCGCUUCCAGCAAAAUCCUUCCACCCUUCUAUUUUGCCCGCCCGGGACCACCCGAAAGCCUAAAUCACUUGGUACCUGGACGGCGGCGGCGGG